CGUCGCGCCGCAGCGUGUCUGGAACACGAACUGGAGCCGCUGUCAUUCAGAUGAGCGCACAAAGGUGAGCCAGCCAUAUUCCCACCGCCGGACUCUGUGCUCAUUUCCUCGGAGGGAGGGGAAUUUUUGGCCGAACCUGGACUGGAUUGACUCACCGGCUCUGAGGGAGGCUCCGUGGAAAUAGGCUACACAAUAUUCUUUGACAGAAGAGAGCUACAACAGGAUUCAAAAUGCCUAAACCUGUAAAUGUUCGCGUCACUUCGAUGGACGCGGAGCUGGAGUUUGCCGUUCAGCCCAGCACAACUGGCAAGCAGCUAUUUGACCAGGUGGUGAAGACCAUCGGGUUACGUGAAAUAUGGUACUUCGGACUACAGUAUAUGGACAGCAAAGGGUACCUUACAUGGCUGAAACUUGAUAAAAAGGUCUCCUCUCAGGAUGUGAAGAAGGAGAACCCUCUCCAGUUUAAAUUCCGUGCCAAGUUCUUCCCAGAAGAUGUGGCGGAUGAGUUGAUCCAGGAUAUCACUCAAAAGCUGUUCUUCAUGCAAGUGAAAGAUGCCAUUCUGAGUGAUGAAAUCUACUGUCCUCCAGAGACUGCGGUGCUUCUGGGCUCCUAUUCGGUGCAGGCCAAAUUUGGUGAUUUCAGCAAGGAAGUGCACAGGCCUGGAUACCUGACCUCAGAUCGCCUCCUGCCCCAACGGGUUCUAGACCAGCACAAGUUGUCACGGGACCAGUGGGAGGAGAGGAUUCAGGUGUGGCACGAGGAGCAUCGUGGAAUGCUCAAAGAGGACGCAAUGCUUGAGUACCUGAAGAUUGCUCAGGAUCUGGAAAUGUAUGGGGUGAACUACUUUGACAUCAAGAACAAGAAGGGAACAGAGCUGAGGCUGGGUGUGGAUGCCCUGGGCCUAAAUAUCUAUGAGAAAGAAGACAAACUCACUCCGAAAAUUGGAUUCCCCUGGAGCGAAAUAAGAAACAUUUCCUUCAACGAUAAGAAGUUUGCCAUCAAGCCUAUAGAUAAAAAAGCUCCAGAUUUUGUGUUCUACGCCCCGCGGUUGCGCAUUAAUAAACGUAUCCUACAGCUGUGUAUGGGGAACCAUGAGCUUUACAUGCGCCGCAGGAAGCCGGACACCAUCGAGGUGCAGCAGAUGAAAGCACAGGCUCGAGAGGAGAAACAACACAAACAGAUGGAGAGAGCUCAGCUGGAGAGUGAGAAGAAGAGACGAGAGGCCAUAGAGAGAGAGAAAGAGCAGAUGGAGAGGGAGAAACAAGAGCUGAUGAUGCGACUCUACCAGUUUGAGGAGAAGACCAAAAAAGCGGAAAAAGACCUGCAGGAGCAAAUGCAGAGGGCCAUGCAGCUGGAGAGUGAACGGAGGCUGGCAGAGGAGGAGGCAGCCAGAUUGGAGGCAGAAAGGCAGGCAGCACUGCUCGCAAAGGAGGAACUGGCCCGUCAAGCCCAGAAUCAGCUGACGAGUCAAGAACAGCUGGCUGCUGAGCUGGCAGAACAUACUGCUCGUAUUGCACUCCUGGAGGAAGCCAAAAAACGCAAGGAGGAGGAAGCCAUGACAUGGCAGCACAGAGCACAAGAGGCCCAAGAUGACCUGGUGAAGACCCGUGAGGAGCUUCACAUGGUGAUGACGGCGCCGCCUCUCCCUCCACCACCACCUGCAUAUGAACCUGAUGAGAAUGAGUACGAAGAUGGCGAGAGCAACAGUAGCUACAGUGCAGACCUGCAGACAGGCGGUAUCAAUGACCACCGCUACGAAGAACAGCGAAUCACUGAGGCCGAGAAGAAUGAACGAGUUCAGAAACAGCUGUUGGCUCUGACCUCAGAGUUGUCCCAGGCUCGUGACGACACCAAGAAGACUCAGAACGACCUGCUGCACACAGAGAACGUGCGCGUCGGCCGAGACAAAUACAAAACUCUCCGGCAGAUUCGCCAGGGCAACACUAAACAGAGGAUUGAUGAGUUUGAGGCCUUAUAAAAUAUCUGGACCUGGAAACUUUGGGAGGGAGGGAAGGAGGAAAGGAGUCUCAAAGCCCUUGUCCAUUUUCUUUCUGUCCCUACGUCUGAGUGGUCAAUGCAAGAGGCACAUCCUGCGUACAAAAGCACAUAAGUGCGCACACAGUAAUGCAACAGAUUUGAUUCGUUUGACAUGAACACUGGUUCAACACACACUAAAAACUAAAUUAUUAAAAAACUGCACACUUUGACACACAUGUUUACCCCUUAGUGGUGUACAUUGAAUUUCACGGUAAUACUUUACAGUAAGGUUCUGUACUGUAGCAUUAUUUAAUGUAUGAGGAAUCAUCAACAUACAAUUUCAAUGAACAAUAUCACUUAUUAAUGUUUGGUCAUUGGUUCAUUCUUUGUUUGCAGUGCUAAUUAGUGAUAACUUUUAAUGUUUGUUUAUACAGUAUAUGUAGCCAUAAACAUUAACACAUUGCUCAGUUAAUUGUGUUAAAUAAUGUUAACACACACAGCCUUAUUGUAAAAUGUUACCAAUUUCACAGAAUGUACUGAAAUAAAUCUGCUUUUGCCAUAAAAA